GGCGGCGGGCAGGAGACCGACGGCGACUCAGGGUCUGAGGGAGCUCGGGGACGGCGAGGAGGAGGACGACGACGAAGAGGAGGAGGAAAAGGAGAGCGAGCAGCAGCGGUGGAAGAACCGGACCGUGAACGGGAACCGGCUCCUCUCCUACGGAGGCAGCAGGGACAAGUACUCGGACUCGGAGGAGGAGGAGGCGGUGGGGGCUAGGGCCAAACAGCAGGAGGAGUCUGCAGUUCGCCGGCCCAGACGGAGCCUCAGCAAGUCGCCUGCUCCAUUCAUAACAAGCAAAUGCGCUGCAGCCGGCGCUGGCGUGAUGGAGACGGGCCAAGAAAGGGCUGGCGGAGGCUGCGGUGCUGCUGUGCUCGUAACGAAUGACAGGGCGGCGGGGGCGGCUGCUGCCGGCAGUCUAGACAGGGGCAGAAAUCAGGAGGAGGAGGAGGAGGCGGCGGCGGCGGGGGGAAGAGGAGGAGGAGGAUGUGAAAAUCUGGACUCUAGUCCUCCCAGCCCCAGAUACCGCAUUGGCCUACCCAAGAAAUCCCCAUCAGUAUUGCUGUUGCCACCACCGCUCACGGACGUGGACAGCGGCAAAAUCACUGACCCUCCAGGCGCCAUUAGGAAAGCGACCAAUAACCAUGUUCUCAGCGGUGCUCCUGGUAGCUGUAAUGUUGAAUCCAGGAUUUAUUCAUCUACUAAUAGCCUUCCCCCGGGUGGAACCACCUCCUCCCUUAGACUCAACCACUCCAAUCAUACGGGUUCAAAUCAUACCUACCUGAAAAACACCUACAAGAAGAAUCUCUCUGAGCCCGAGGAGGAGCUUCUCCAACAGUUCAAAAGAGAGGAGGUAUCCACCACUGGAGGCUUCAGUGCACAUUACCUGUCCAUGUUCCUCUUAACUGCUGCAUGCUUGUUCUUUCUGAUACUGGGAUUCACAUACCUGAGAAUGAGAGGUUCUGGAGUAGCUGAGGAUGUGGGAGCCAACAUCAAGGAUCCCUUUAGUGAAGAACUCAAAAAAAUACAAGAAGAUGAAAUAAGUCUCAUGAUGAAGAGCUUGUAUGCACUUCAUGAUAAAUUGGCACAAGUAGCAGGGGAACAUGAAUGUGGCAGCUCUAUUCAAAGAAACCUUACCGUCCAGGAGGCAGCUGCAUAUUUAAAAAAUUUAGAUCCAGAAUAUGAAAGUGUACUUAACACAUCAUUACAAUGGAUCUUGAAUAGUGGGGAAGAUGUUGGCAUAAAGUGUCUCAGCAAUGACCCUAGUGAGAUGGAAGUCACUAACGUGACAGAUGUGAAGUAUCUGGAGUCCACUAGUCCAAAGAUGUCUUUCAGGUGUCGUUUUCGCCGUGCGUUUGUUAAUGUAACUCACAGAUUAUCAAUAUUGCUUUGGGGUGUAGCAAUGGUUUGGGGAGUCUUACACUACAUGAAAUACCGUUGGGCAAAAGAGGAAGAAGAAACAAAGCAGAUGUAUGAUAUGGUGGUGAAAAUCAUAGAUGUUCUAAGAAGCCACAGUGAGGCGUGUUCAGAAAAUAAAGAGUUGCAGCCUUACAUGCCAAUUUUGCAUGUGCGUGAUUCUCUAAUACCACCUCAGGACAGGAGGAAGAUGAAUAGAGUCUGGAACAGAGCAGUUGACUUUCUUGCAGCAAAUGAAUCUAGGGUUCGCACAGAGACACGAAGAGUGGGUGGUGCCGAGUUCUUGGUCUGGAAGUGGAUGCAACCUUCUGCAGCAUGUGACAAAAUUUUAGUGAUACCAUCGAAAGUGUGGCAAGGCCAAGCAUUUCAUCUAGAUAGAAGAAAUUCACCCCCGAACAGCUUGACACCAUGUCUAAAGAUUCGCAAUAUGUUUGAUCCAGUUAUGGAAAUAGGUGAUCACUGGCAUCUAGCAAUUCAAGAAGCAAUCUUGGAGAAGUGCAGUGAUAAUGAUGGAAUUGUUCAUAUUGCCGUAGACAAAAAUUCACGUGAGGGCUGUGUGUAUGUCAAGUGUCUCUCCCCGGAGUAUGCUGGAAAGGCUUUCAAGGCAUUACAUGGCUCUUGGUUUGAUGGAAAGCUGGUAACAGUAAAAUACCUGCGACUAGAUCGGUAUCAUCAUCGUUUUCCCCAGGCUCUUACUUGUAACACUCCACUGAAGCCAUCAAACAAACACAUGAACUCUAUGUCACAUCUGCGUCUUCGGACAGGCACAACUAACUCUCAGGGAAGUUCCUGAGAAAACUUUCUACAACUGCUAGGACUGUUACUUGCAACAGGAAUGUUCCUGUUCGGCCGCCGUCUUCCUUUUUUAGUGCUUUUUGUAUGUAAUACUUUAAAGAAUUAAAUAAAAGUUCAAACGUUCCAGAAGUCUUGUUUCCAAAGGGACUUAGCAAUGAGGCAGUAAUACUGAGCUGACAAAAAA